GUGCACAGUCACUGCAUUUACAUAUACUACCUCUUUAAGUUAUUCAUCUGCGUGCGUCCAAAGAAAGCAGCACGCUUGACCGGUUGAGCCCGAAGCUCUUAGGGUUCCCCACCACAGAGCGGAGCCGCAGCCCUUGCGCGACAAGCACGCAACUUGCUCGGACUACCUUGCGGCUAUUGUCAUCGACAGCCUUAAGCCGAAUCGGAGGAGUGGGUCGCGCGAUCGUCUUCAACAGGUCCGCGCGUCACCAGCAAACGUGAUGACAGCGUUAGAAUCACAAAGCGAUGGCGAGGAGCCGGCAAGCGGCAUUGGCGCGCUGCCAGAGGGCUGCCUGAACAUGAUUUUCGACUUGCUUCGCCCGCGGGACCGGGCGUCAGUCAGCUGCGUAUGUCGCUGCUGGCACAAGCUCGUUGGAGUAGAAGCCGCGGCGAAUUUGGUGUGGCGCUCGUUCUACUCGGCGCGCUGGCAGCUGUCGGGUGCCGCGCAUUGGCCGUGCCCUGCCGCCAGUGCCAUGGGCUGCGGCGGCCUCACCGGACCCGACCCCGCCACCUCCUCCGCCACCUCCACCUCCACCUUGGCCACAUGCUCGGGCCCGCGCCCAUCCACCUCGCGGCCCGUGCCCGUGGCCUCAGCCUCGCCGGCCGCCUCCACCUGCGGCUCCGCCUCCGCCUCGGCCUGCGGCUCCAUCGCCACCUCGGCCGCCGCUACCCCCCUGUCCUGUUCGCCGGCCUCCGACCUCAGCUGCGGCCCCGGCGGCGCCUCGCCACUGCCGCUGCCGUGCUUGGGCGCUCGCGGCUGGUCCCCGGCCGCCGCGGCCGCGCCUAGGAGUGGCUGGGCUUUGGGCGCCUCGCCGGAGGGAGCGGCGGCUGCCAGCGGCGUGCUGAGCUCGGGUGGCGGUGGCGGCGGCGGCGGCGGCGGCAGGUGGCUUGACGCGGGCGGUGAGGUGCGGUGGCAGCGGGCGUACGGUGCCAAGAUGCAGCGGCUCAAAAGCUGGGGCGGCCGCUACAGCGCAGACCAGGUGGUGGGGCACAAGUCUGCGGUGCGGUCGGUGCGCCUGCUGCCCGCCUUCAACCUGUUGGCCACGGCCUCCCUGGACCGCACCGUGCGGCUGUGGGACCUGUCCGCCGGCCUGCCGCUGGCCGCCAGCCGCCCGCACGGCGGCACCGUGCGCUGCCUGGCGCUGGGGGCGGGCCUGCUGGCGUCCGGCUGCUCCGAUAACCUCGUCAGGCUGUGGGAGCCCCCCGCGGCAGCCGCCGCCGCGGCCACCCGGUACCGCGCGCUGGGCGCAGCCCCGCCGCCGGCGUUGGAUGCAGCUGGGGCUGGGGCGUUGGGCCUGGGUGGCGGCUGCGGCGGCGGCGGCAGCCAGUCGGCGGCGGCGGUGCCGCUGUUUGACCUGGUGCAGACGCCGCAGCUGCUGCGCGGCCACACCGGGCCCGUGUCCUGCCUGUCACUGGAUGAGGGCGGCGGCUGCGGCAGUAGCGGCGGUGGCGGCGGCCGUGGCUGUAGUAGCAGCGGGUUGGGCCUGGGUGCCGACGGCGCUGAGACGCUGUUCUCCGGGUCGUGGGACUGCACCGUGCGCAUUUGGCGCCGCAGCGAGCCACAGGCAUCGGGCGAUGACAGCGACGACGGCGGCGGCGCGGGCGCCUGCGUCAGCAGCAGCGGCGGCGGUGGCAGCAGCGGCGACGAAAGCGGCAGUAGCAAGGCCGCUGGCGGCAGUAGCAGCAGCAGCAGCGGCUGGGCUUGCAGCGGUGUGCUGGGCUACAGCGACUGGGUGUAUGCGGUGGCGGUGCGGGCGGGCAACUUGCUGGUGGCGGCCGGCGGCGAGGUGGUGGUCACGGACGCCCAGACCGGCCGGGCGGUACGGCGCUUCGCGGGCCUGCACGACGGCGGCACGGUGGCGUGCCUGGAGGGCUGCCGCUCCGGGCGGCUGCUGUUCACGGCGGCGGGGGACGGACUGCUGCUGGCGCACGACCUGCGCAUGAAGCAGGGCUCCCGCGUGUUGUGGCACCACAACAGCGCCGUGACGGGGCUGUCCUUCGAGGACCCCUGGGUCGCCUCCUCCGCCGCGGACGGCACCAUCAUCCUGCAGGACAGCGAGCAGGCGCUGGCGGCGGGCGGGCCGGGGCCGGGCUGCUGGGGCGGCAAGGGCCCCGUGUCCGUGACGCACGCCGCGACGGCGGCCGCCUGCGGAGCGGGCGCGGCAGGCGGCGGCGGGCCUCGCUGCCGCGCGCUGCACUGCCCGCCCGGCCAGCCCGCGCUGUGCCUGGACCUCAGCGACCAGUGGCUGGCGGCAGGCACGGAGAGUGGCGUGGUGCGGCUGUGGGACUUCACGGGGGCGGCGGCCGCCGCGGAGCGAGCCACAGCAGCACGCGCCGCACGCAGCGCCGCACGCGCGGCCCGUGUCACCGGCGGCGGCGGCCGCAGCGCCCCUGCACAGCCGCAGUCGCAGUCGCAGCAUGACCAGCCCGCUGCGAACGGCAGGGGCAAGGCCGCGGCCUCGGGUGCUGCGGCUUCCCAGUCGGCGCCGUGUGGCGCUGUGUCGCAUGACGAAUGGGGCGCCGCAGUGGAGGAGGCGCCCAAGCCGCCUGCGGGCCGGGCGGACGCUGCCUGGGCCGACGAAGGCGAGGACGCGGGCGGCUGGGGCGGGGAGUGGGACAGCGUGGCUGCGGCGAGCAACCGCCGCGGGCGUGGCGGCGGCGGCGGCGGGGGCAGCAGCAGCAGUGGCUCCCGCUCGCGCCAGGGCCGGGCGCCGCCGCAGCAGUACCACCACCAGGCUCUGGCCUCGGGCUCUGCAGGUGGCGGCAGCGGAGGCGGAGGCGCGGGCGCGCACGGACCCCGGCAUGGCGCUCACGGCCGCCAGCACCAGCACCAGCAGCACCAGGGCCGCGGCGGGCACCUGCCGGCGUGUGCCGCUGCGUCUGGGGCGCCCGUGUUCCGCUACGUCUCCACCCACAACCACAACCACGCAGGCGGCAGCGGCGCCGGCGGAGCCGGAGGGCCGGCGGGCGCUGGAGGGCGCGGCCAGCAGCACCAGCAGCAGAUGUACUCGGGUGGCGGUGGCGGCGGUGCCGGGUAUGUGCCGGGUGGUGGGAGUGGAGGAGGAGGCGGGGUGCGCCGUCGCGGCGGUGGCGGCGGCGGCCAGCGCCGCGGCGGUCCGCGCCAGACCUAAGGUGGUGGCGGCUGUGAGUGGCCAGGACUCGAGCGGUGGGAGCAUCGGGAGCGGAGAGCAAGGCACGCGGCGCGUGCGCGUAACGCGGAUGCGCUGACGCCGCGUGUCGCAUGGAUUGGCUUAGGCAGCAAGCAAGCGAAAAGCAGGGCGGCGGAUGUAGUAAGCGUAUUUGAGGGACAGCGACUGGGUUGCCCCGCACUUGAGCCGGAGUGCCAGCUCUGCGCUGGGUCGGGCCGUCGAAAGUGGUUUCGAGGGUUGAAUGCUGUAGUUGCGUCUGACAAUCAAGACCAUCCGUGUACAUUUGUAUUUGUGUAUGUACGGUACAUCAAGCGUGGCGUUGUGACAUAGUGUGCGCCCCGCAGCUGCCCUUUUGGAAACGUGUUUAUUCCACACGUUUAGGUGCCACCACAUUUUUUUGUAGGCUUUGUUUGACAAAGUCGUGUGCAAUGCUGCAGCAGCGCAUGAGUGUGCAUACAACUGUUUUGCGGACGCGAUGCACGAAAAACAUAAAAUGAAAAAAUAUGAGUGCGGUGUUGCAUGAGCGGACAAUGCAAGUGCGCUGUUGGUUACCCAGGGGCCGUUGGGGCUACAUACCGACCCCUUCACCAGGGCUGUAGCUGUGUAGCCCCUCGGCCCCCACCGAACCGAGUGGGAGGAACUGGUUCCACCACAAGAUCAUGAUGAUGUGUUCGUUUUGUGUUUGUGUCGCGCAUUUGGCGGUUUGAAACCCAGAAGUUGUUCGCUGCAGGCCGCGUUGGCGUUUUGAGUUGUGCAGUAUCCAGUCUUGGCCAGCCUUGUGUCAGGGGGUGGAGCGGGCUGGUGUGGAGACAAGGUCGAGGAGACUGGAAUCACUGGAUGCACUGAGCGUUGCUUUUGAGCAGCGGAAGCCCUCCUUGAUUGCAAGCGAGUCCAUCAGUGUCUCGCAGGCAUGCCUUCGUGUGAGCCUGCAUUGCAAGCGCUUGGUGGUGUGUCCUCUGGCCGAAAGGCAGGCGGACUGCAUACCAUCACCUGUGGUGACUCCCUGGGGUACUCCCCAUGAACGUGGCAUGCCGUGUGCCGUGUGUGUAGCAGUAUGAGACGGAUGGGAGGAGGCAUGCGCGCCUGAGGGCGUGACGAGCGACCCCAGGCGCUCAGACGACACGGCUCGGUCGUGUGUGUAUGAGUCGUGUGGGGUUCAGUGCCGUGCCACUUGGGCACUUGAGGCACUGGGGGCGAGGGACACACGCUCCCUGGGGCGCCUGGUCACGCACAGGUGAUACUGCGAACUGCGACACGGUCAGGCCACUGGGUGUAUCAGGAUACGGUCUUGUAACUUGAUCUGCCC